ACGUCGGAUGUAUAUGAGCGCAGGCGGCGGGAUCUCUCUCCCUUUUACCGCCGUCGAAGGGGAGUCUCUUUCUUCCCCGGACCGCUUCACUGCGCACACCGCCGCUUCACCAGCCCAACCUCCGGCCAGAGAGAGCCAAGCAUCACCUGAGACUCAGCAAAGAUGGCAGACAUUGACAAUAAAGAUCAGGCUGAGAUGGACCCAGCAGAUAUGGAGGACGUGGAAGAAGUGGAGGAGGAAGAGACGGGGGAAGAUGAAAACAGCAAAGCUCGUCAGCUGACGGUGCAGAUGAUGCAGAAUCCACAGAUCCUGGCUGCGCUGCAGGAAAGGCUGGAUGGUCUCAACGGUUCACCAUCAGGGUACAUUGAGAGUUUACCAAAGGUUGUAAAGAGACGUAUAAACGCCCUCAAAAACCUGCAGGUCAAAUGUGCCCACAUCGAAGCCAAGUUCUACGAAGAAGUCCAUGAACUGGAGAGAAAGUAUGCCGCGCUCUACCAGCCCCUCUUCGACAAAAGAAGUGACAUAGUGAAAGCAGCUUAUGAACCCACAGAUGAGGAAUGUGAAUGGAAGGCAGAUGAGGAGGAAGAGCUGACAGUAAGUAAGCAGGAAAAGAUGAAGGAGAAGGCCAAGUUGGAGGAGGAGAAGAAGGACGAGGAGAAAGAAGAUCCCAAAGGCAUCCCCGAGUUCUGGUUAACGGUUUUCAAAAACGUGGACCUGCUCAGUGACAUGCUGCAGGAACACGACGAACCCAUCCUUAAACAUUUACAAGAUAUUAAAGUCAAAUUCUCAGAUCCAGGACAGCCAAUGAGCUUCACAUUAGAGUUCCACUUCGAGCCCAACGACUUCUUCACAAACACAGUGUUGACGAAAACCUACAAGAUGAGGUCAGAGCCCGACGAGAGCGACCCCUUCUCCUUCGACGGACCAGAGAUCAUGUGCUGCACGGGUUGCACGAUUGACUGGACCAAGGGCAAGAAUGUCACGUUGAAAACAAUCAAGAAGAAACAGAAGCACAAGGGCCGCGGCACAGUCAGGACGGUCACCAAGACGGUCCCCAACGAUUCCUUCUUCAACUUCUUCGCCCCACCAGAGGUUCCGGAGAAUGGAGAGCUGGAUGAGGACUCGGAGGCAGUUCUAGCUGCUGACUUUGAAAUCGGCCACUUCAUCCGUGAGCGCAUCGUACCUCGGGCCGUGCUCUACUUCACAGGAGAGGCCAUAGAGGACGAUGACGAUGAUUACGAUGAGGAAGGAGAGGAGGCGGAUGAUGAGGAAGGUGAAGAGGAAGCUGAUGAGGAGAAUGACCCCGACUAUGAUCCCAAGGUUUAAGUGGUGACAGUAGAAAAUUAACCCUAUCCUGAAGGAUGCAGCCCCCCCAGCUGAGUGCAAUCAGCAAUGAAGCCUGGCCCGGCUGCCUUGAGGAUCAACUGCACUGUAACGGCUUCUCAAAUUAAAAGAAAAGAAAAAAAACGGAUUUAAAAAAAAAAAAAAAAUAGUUACUUACCGCCUUAUAAUGUUUUGUAUUUUUCUUGGUAGAGAAUUUGAAGAAAAAAAGGUUUCAAGAUUUUUGUUACAAAAACUCAUGGUAAUAUACUGGGAGCUGUGUGGCUCAAUAUACAUAGUAUUUUACUAGACCUGUUUUUUCCUUCUCUUCCUUCUCUGUACAAUAGCUAGACUACAGGAAAAAUACCUUCCUCAAAAAGCAUGAACUUGUUUCUUCACUGCUAAACUAGUUUGGGUUCUUGUGAAGUCUUUUGUUGUAUUUGCUCUUAGACAACAGCUGUGGUUUAGACUUCAUUGGCAGUUUAUACCCCCUCCUGCCCUUCCUCUUCCUCUAUUCCUCCCACCAAAGCUCCAGGUUGACAGUUCUGGUUGUUCCAGGAGAUUUUUUUUUUUAAAUUUUCUUUAGUGGGGCCUUUAGCACUUGAAAAAGCACUGUAGCAUUUCCAGCUCUAGAGAAGGAGGACAGAUGGGUGACCUACAGCUGGGUGUCCAUUCCGGUUUAUCUAAUCUCACUGAGCGUGGGAUCCACAGUUGGUGUUUUUUUGGCCACUUCCUGCACCACUUGCGAUCAACCGCUGUCCACUCUCAAUACAUUCCAGUAAGCAGACUGGCUGGCACCAUCUGUCUCUCAAAGAGAGUCUGCCAUUCUUCAACUGGAUGGACUGUUAAAAAUUGAUCAAAAAAUUAAGUUUGCGCAGACGCAUUCGCUCCGAGUCUCUUGAACAUUCCAGAGAAUUCUUUAGAUGAGGUGAUGUGGGGACAGUUUGGCAGAACGGCCUAUUCGGGGACACCCAGCCCCAAUGACUGUGCUUCAGGCUUGUUGUAGGCUCGCUGUGGCGUGGCUGUCGUCUUUUCUAUAGCACUUUGUUCUAGUGUGUGGUGUACCAGUGGCGUCCUGUCAUCGGUUAGCAGUAUUCCUUGUGAGCAGCACUUUGUUCGAUGCCCCCCAUCUGGAGUCGGUGCUGUAAACCCUGCUCUGUGGAGACUUCAGCUUGUGCUGUCUGGUUUUUAAGUGCAUUCUUUCUUAUCGGGUGGACACGCACUAAGGCCCGUUCAGAGGAGUUUUGUUGGGCAGAUGUAGCACAGUGGAUGACGGAGAUAAAGUGUCGGUGUGUCAGGUUCUGAAGGAAAAAAAAAAAUAAGCAGCCCUUUUUACUCUCCACUUUCUGACCUUUACCUCUCAUAUCACCCAAUUCAUGUCCGGUCAGGUGACUAACUCAGACCUCAGCCCAGCCCCCGAGGUUCUCGGUUCAUUUUUAUCACUGUGAAAAGAAAGAGGGGAAGCGUGAUAAGGCCAUUGUGUCGGCCAAUGAUCCACCUCCCUCCCCACUCCGGCCCUGCACCCUUUUGUUACCCAGAAGGCCACAGAGAAAAAAGCACGACAGAGCAAUACUUAACGCCAGGAGGGGGAACCGAGAAGAAACUGUAGCCUGCCUCCCUCCCAGUCCAUUCUAAAUGCCUUUUUUUUUUUUUCUUAGUUGUGAAGACAGCCAAGCGUUGGUUGCUUUGGGCAGAUUCAUGUCCACUGUGGAGAGCCAGGGUACUUCUCAUUCUGCAGGGAGUAUUCAGAUCAAGUUCAUGGGAAAGGGACGCAACAGGGUUUCUGUAGGGUCCUUCUGAGCAGCUGUUGUCAAGGCAAAAUGCUAUGCUACAAAAAUACUAAUGUACUCAAUAACUGUACGUGUAUGUUGAUGAAUAAAUUGGUCAAACAUG